AUAACCCCUUUCUUCUCUUCCCUUCUUUUUCCGUCUUAACAAAAAAAAACUCAACCGAAGUUGGUGGUGUUUUAAGGUGGGGGUGCAUUAGCUGUGCUUGUGGUGGUCCGCGUGAAGUAGUGGGUUAAGUCGCGGCGUCGUGCGGUGGGGACCGGUGAGUGCAGUGCUGUGACGUGCGGGGGUGGAUGUGCAAGGAGGUGGUUCGUGCAUCUGUGGGUGCUGUGUUGGGCGGACGGUGACCGUGCGAAGGUGGUGGGAGUGCCGACCGGUGGUAUUGAACGGUGCUACAGCGCAGGAACAGUCGCGUCUCUGGGCUGAGAGCGGGGGCCGUCGGUGGUGGGCUGAACGGCGAUUUUAUCUCCGGUAUCCGAGAAGGUGGGCGCGGAGGUGUGGUGGUGUGCGGCCGUGGUUAGCCGUGCGUGGUGCUGAUCUAUAGUGGUCUGUGCGAUAGUGUCGAGGAAGAAGAAGGGUGGCUGGCUACAGUUAGAAAGCAAGUUAUGCUCUCUCUUAAAGAUAUUGUGCCUGCAGCCGGGAACAACAUAAAUACACAGUUCAUACUUUUGAACAAAGGCAAGAAAACAUUAGAGGGCCAAAAUAAGACAUGCUUGGCACUUGUGGCUGACGACACGGCUGCAGUUCACUUCCAGCUCUGGGGGGAUGAGUGUGAGGCCUUUGAGCCGGGCGAUAUUAUCCGUCUGACCGGUGGAAUAUUCUCUUGCAACCGGAAAAAUUGGUUGCUGAGGGCAGGCAAGAGAGGGAACGUAGAGAAGGUGGGAGAAUUCACAAUGGCCUAUGUUGAGACACCCAACAUGAGUGAGAUCGAAUGGAUUCAUGACCCAAGUAAAUCUAAGUUUGUGAAGAAGGCUGUUAUUUCCUCUCAUUCACGCAUUUUUCCACCAAUGCCUUAACUGCUGUGCCUUUUGCUUUCAUGUAAUGGUCCGCCAAAAGCUGAGAAAGAUCCAUAGCUUUUGCGUACCACUAUAUGUAUUUCUUACACUCUUCGCUCCCCUUAGAGCAAUAUAUCUGUGAUGUGUUGUAGAACUCGACCCACUCGUGUUUCUUAUUCUUAUGGUCUAAACUUAGUUAAUCAAAGAUGAUGUGAUUUGCAUCUCAGUUUGGUGCAAAUGAAGAACCAUCAUCAAUGUCAGUAUAAAAUUGUGUUUACCAUUGUUUAUGGUGAUAAAUUAAACAAGGGAUUUGAAGAA